GCUCAGCUCCCGGCUGUCCGCAGGGAAGGGGACAAGGACAGAGAUGGCUGCCCCCAGCCAGCCCCGCCGGGCCACCUACGACGCCAUCGUCAUCGGGGCCGGCAUCCAGGGCUCCUUCGCCGCCUACCACCUGGCCCAGCGCCACCGGGACACCCUCCUGCUGGAGCAGUUCAUGCUGCCCCACUCGCGGGGCAGCUCGCACGGGCAGAGCCGCAUCACCCGCAGCGCCUACCCCCAGAUGUCCUACGCCUGCAUGAUGCCUGACAGCUUCCACCUCUGGCAGCGGCUGGAGGCCGAGGCCGGCACCAGCCUUUACAGGCGGACGGGGCUGGUGGUUCUGGGGCCGGCGGGUGACCCGGAGCUGGAGGGCUGUCGGCGCAGCCUGGGUGACGGCCACGUCCUCGAUGCCACGAUGCUGGCCCAGCGCUUCCCCGGCCUCCGGCUCCGGGCCGGCGAGGUGGCCCUGUGGGAUGGCACCGGCGGGGUGCUCUUCGCUGACCGGGCGCUGCGGGCAGUGCAGGAUGUCUUUCGCCGGCACGGGGGCACUCUGCGGGAUGGGGAGAAGGUGCUGCGCAUCGAACCGGGGGCUGUGGUCACUGUCACCACCUCUGCCGGGGUGUACCGAGCCCCCCGGCUCAUCAUCGCGGCCGGAGCGUGGACCGGUGCCCUCGUGGCACCCCUGGGCCUCCGUCUGCCACUGCAGCCCCUGCGCAUCGACGUCUGCUACUGGAGAGAGAAGGAGGGGAGCCCUGGCGCAGGCAGAACCGGUCCCUGCUUCAUGGCCAUAGGGCUGAGCCGAGCCCCCCACGGCAUCUACGGGCUGCCCGCCCUCGAGUACCCGGGGCUGGUCAAGGUGUGCUACCACCACGGCAGCCCCACCGACCCUGAGGAGCGGGACCGGGUGCCCCCGGGCACCCCACGCCCCAACGUUGCCCUCCUGAGCAGCUUCAUCAGCAGCUACCUGCCCGGGCUGGACCCACAGCCAGCUGUGGUGGAGACCUGCCUCUACACGAACACCCCGGAUGGAGACUUCAUCCUGGACCGGCACCCCAAGUUCAGCAACAUCAUCAUUGGGGCCGGCUUCUCCGGCCACGGGUUCAAGCUGGCACCAGUGGUGGGGAAGCUGCUGUGUGAGCUGAGCCUGGGAGAGGAGCCAUCCCACAGCACGGCCCCCUUCGCCAUCACCCGCUUCCCCGGCGUGCUCCGGGCUGUGCUGUAGGUGUGGGACCCUGGCUGUGCCCACAGGGUGGUGGCCUGCGGCUGUGUCCCUGCAUCCCGGUGUCCUUACAGCCCCAGCGUGCUGGAACCCCUGCACCCCUCCAUCCUCACGUCCCUCCAUCUCCCUGCAUCCUGGUGUCCCUAUAUGUUGCACCCCUCCAUCUCCAUGUCCCCAUAUUCCACCAUCCCAUCACCCAGCAUCCUGGCACCCCUCCAUCUGUGCACCCCAGCAUCUCUCUAUCCCCCACAUCCCAGCACCCCGGCAUCUCUCCAUCCCCACAUCCCUGCACCCCAGCAUCUCUCCAUCCCCUACAUCCCAGCACCCUGGCAUCCCCAUACCCUUGCAUCCCUGCUACCUGCAUCCCAGCACUUCUCCAUCCCCACAUCCCAGCACCCUGUACCCCUGCAUCCUGACAGCCCAGCACCCUCACAUCCCAGCACCCCUGCAUCUCUCCAUCCCCCACAUCCCAGCACCUCUCCAUCCCCACAUCCCAGCAUCCUGGUACCCCGUCCCCCCACAUCCCAGCAUCCCCCCCGUGCCGCGCGGUGCCAAAGCUGUCUCCGCCAAGCACCCGCUCCCUGGAAACAAAUUAAGGAGCUUUGUCAGCCUCAUGAAGAUGGAGCUGGAACAGCGCGGAGAGACACACUCGCUUAGGAGUCAAGUUAAAUGUUUUAAUGUUAAAUGUGCCAUUUUAUUAUCAUUAGAUCGCUCCCACUU